CAGAGUUCGAAAAUGAAACUGAGACUUUUGUACCAAAACUAAGACGGACUAAAAGUAUUCUGAUGAAAGACACAGAUCUGGAAGAUUCUGAGCUAUUUGAUUCGUCAUCAGAGAGUGCAGAUGACUACGUACCAGAACCACAUACAGAGGAGACAUUUCCUCAUACCGAAAGGGAUGAAAUGCUGCCACAACCACCCAAGAGACAAAAUCCACACUCAUCAAGUGAUGAGGUACCUUCAGAAUCCUGCAGAAUGAGGCCUUCCUCAAUAGCACCACCAGCAGAGGAGUCACUUCCUCCCACUGAGAGGAAUGAAAUGCAGCCACAACCACCCAAUAAACCAAAACCAGUCAGUACGAUGAGGCCUUCCUCAAAAGGUACAACUGCCCAAAAGAAGAAAACACCCUGGAAGCAGACAGAGGUGGAGGCAGUGGAAAGCCACAUGAAUCGAUUCAUCACAUCUUGUAUUGUUCCAGCAAAGUUUGACUGUGAGAAGUGUAUAAGAGCUGAACCAGAAGCUCUUAAUGACCGGAGCUGGCAGAAUGUGAAAUUCUACAUAUAUAACCGCAUUACAGCCAACAAGAGGAAAUUUAGUUAAUAAUAGGAAGAUUA